CCCGGAUCUUAGAGGUCCCCUGGCGCGCACCGCUUCUCACAGUCCCUCUGUCCACUCUGCGCGCAGCUGGUGUCCUGGAGGCGUCCACGGGCUCGACUUGGGGGACCGAGGCCCCCUAGGUUUGCAGCGCAGUUCAGGCGGUGCUUGCGAAGAUGCCUGGGAAGAAGGCGCGUAAGAACGCGCCACCCGGCCCACCCCGGACUGCGGGAGAAUUUGAAGUUGAGUGUGCCACUCAGCUCAGGAGAAUUGGAGACAAAUUGAGUUUCCGGCAGAAACUUCUGAAUCUGAUAUCUAAACUCUUCCACUCAGGAACCUGACUACUUCUAAAGCUUUUGCUUGAGGAGACUGGAAGCUGAAAGUUUCCCUAGUAGGUGCCAAAUUCAUCCAUUAGAAGGGCCUCCGAUGUGAUUGGGGAGAAGCUUCACUGUGGCUUUGGGACUCUGGGGAACAAAGAUGGAGCACAUCGAGCAUGGCUUUCUGCUGGAGGUGUCUCAGAAGUCAUUCUUUGGGACCUGACAACAGUAUAAGGCCACUUUGUUUAUUUUAAAGCAAGAAUGGAAGAACCUUGAAAAUGGGGAAGUGAUUUUGAAUACAUUUCUUUUUCAUUUAGAGAAUUGUUCUAGCAUUUCUGCUGAACGUUGCUGCCUAGCCUACUCUAAAGGGAGUUGAGAAUGAGGCAGGGUGAGGGGGAGAAAACAGUUUAGUAUUUGUUUUUGCUUUUUAAUGGCAACUCUAGAGCAAUGUAUAUUUGGCUUAUUGUCUUGUUAAAAGGGAGAAUUUCAUUCCAAGAACACUGAAUGUCAUAGUCAAUGUUGAUUUCGUAGGUCACUACCAAAUGUAAAAGAACUUGAUAAUUUGUUUCUUUUGACUCAAAUUGUAUUGCUUGUGUUCAUUAUUUGUGUUCCUGUGGGCAUUCGCUGGAAAGUAUAGAAAACUGGGAAGUAACUUGGAAAAAACUUGAUACAAGUAUGGAAAGGGUUACUUGGUGCCAGUAAAACUCUUUGAUACUGAAUAUGAAGAGAUGAAGAGCAUGAGGAUUUUUUUAUAGCUAGGAAUAAUAGUAAUAGUAGUAAAAGGACUUGACCUUUUUAAUUGCUGUAACUAAGUAAAACAGAUGCUCAAAAGUAAGUUGAUAAGAUAAGGAUAAGAUGUUUUUUAAAAAGUUUCUGAAAAUGUGUAAAAUGCUGUUUCUCACACUAGCCAGUAUGUAUCUUAUAAAAAGUGAUCUUAAAGAGAUGAAAGAUGUUGGUAGGCCAGCUAGUGGUACGGUGAUGGCUAAGCUGGCUGCAUCCCUUAUGCUGACUGUUCUGUUCAGGUCCCAACCCAGUGGCUUGAAAAACAGGUUGGGCACUUGUGCCUGCAGACGCAGAAUCCCGAAUCGAGGGAGAAAUGGAGGAGAAAGGGAUUGUGGGUGAUCAUUCCCCCUACUUUCUCUUCCUGGACAGCACACGCCUCCUAUAGCCAAUUAAAUAAGUGACUUCCCCAAAUCUGCAUACGCUUUUCUUAUUUUUUUAAAAUAAGGAACAAAUAUUUCUCAUCCAGAAUGGGCAUCCCAUAUAUAUAACCAUGAAUUAACCUGUAUCCACACCCAUAACAUAUAAAUACACAAGUGGGUAUCUGAUAGGUAAUUUGCAUUAAAGUAUGUAGAUUCUUAAACAGGUUUCCUUUUUUGUAAUUUGAGCUAAAAAUGAAGCCUCUAAAUACAGUAAGAAAUAUGUCAUGAUUGAAUUUUAACAGGAAUAAUUUUAUUUAUUUUAUCUAUUUAUAAUUAAAAUGUUUUUUGUUGAGUUUGAAAAUGCGUUUUUGAGUUAAAGGGACAAGGAUUUUGUAACUACUUGAAUUCUUAUAGUAAGAAUGUCUUAAUACAGGUUCUAGUCACUUUAGAUGAAAAAUUACCUCACAUCUGUUUUUCUUCAGUGUUACUUAAGGCUGUUUAUUUAGCUGAAAGAUUUUUUUUUUCCUGCCUAGAGGCAGAUACUUUGCCAGAUUGGUAUUUAUGGUCUGUAACUAUUUAAAUGUGUAUGUACAUAUAAACAUUGAUACUGUGGCAAUAAACUAUUAAAAAUGA